UAUAGCUUCUGUCUAUCCUAGAAAAGAAAGAGAAUACAUAAGAAUUUCAUUUUAUUUCUUAAAAAACAUUUAAUCAUAUAUUAAUUUGAAUGAAGACUACUAUUAUACUAAAUUAAAUCUUUUCAUCAUAUUUCCUAACUUGAAUUUAUACUUUUUCUUCUUUUAAUUAUUUAUUAAACAUGUAAAUAAAAUUUAUAUUCUAGUUACUAUUCAAUCUUAUCAAGCUAAAUAUAACUUCAUUCCAACAAUUCUCAUUAGUGAUAUUCCAUUAUUUUUUCAGUAUGUCGGUGCAUUUUCAUUUGCUCUUGCAUUUUUUAAUGCAGUACCAUGUUAUGGAUUAGAUGGGCAACAUAUAUUAUCAUCAUUAAUUGAAUAUCUUUCACCAAAUUUAUAUCGAAAAUAUCGUUCUCAUUUAACAUUAGGUUUAAUUUUUGGUACAGGUCUUCUUAUUAUUAACGUUUCAUUAGCUUUUGCACGGUAUUUUCUUUAA